CACACAGAGGAUGAUUUAGAUCAACUUUUUGAGUGCAGUCCAGUGAAACAAAAAAGGACAGAUGCGCCUUCAAGAGGAUAUAUCAAGAAAGACAAUGAUUGUGAUGAUAGUAGUGUAGUAAGAGGUUCUGAAAGAAAGGAACUAGAAGGCGACCAAAGAGAGUGUCAUGGAUAUGAUGUGUUGCCAUGGGAACAUAAAAAUUCAGUUGAGGAAAAUUCCUACAGCUGUACAUUUGCUGAUAGUGAUGGAGUGCUCUCUGAUUCUGAUGAAGAGAACUCUGACAUCCCUCAAAUGGAAGUUGGACAAUCUGUGACAAAGAAAAAUAUGGAUGGUGGUUAUGAAGGAAGUCAUUUGAAGUUUAACCAUGUUGAUGAUGAGAGGACUAAAGAUGAUAAUUCAUCUGGAAGUGAUGAUGAUGAUGGUUUGACGAAAGGAGGAAAAGAAGAUGAAUAUCACGAAGAUUCUCAGUCUAUCAAUCCUUCUCAAUCAUCUAUCAAUGAUGGCAGUAUAGCUCUCUUUUCAGAUGACUCUCAUCAGGGAGAUAGUCAGAAGAGUGGAUCAAUGUCUUCAAGUAAUUGGUCGCAGUAUCUACCUAAUACUCAGCAGACUCCAACCAAGAGUCCACUAAGUUUGAUGGAAAGUGAUGGAGACAAACCGGAGACUGUAGAAGAUAAAGAUGAUAGCCAUCCUUCCUGUCCUAUUCUUAUUAGUGAUGGUGAAGAAUCAGACUCUGAUGCCACUCACAUCUGUUCUCAACGAUCUAUACGAUCUAAUGGAUCAUCAGUUAAUGACAUUCAGAUCAUAUCAGUUUCCCCAAGAAACCCUGAAUGUUCUUCAAAAUCAAGAGGGUUAUUUACUAGUGGUGAUAGUUUGAAAAGACCAGAUCCUGGAAUACGAAAUGACUCCAGAUCUUCAGAGAAUAGUGUUUUAAGAGUUGGUCAUCAAUUGAAUGGAAGGUUUAGGCAGGAGAAUGAUACAGAGAAUACUUCUUCUCUGGAGUCUGUGAUUGAGAUAACCAAUUCUCCAUGAUAACUGUUAGCCACCUAACCAAAAGUCAGAACUGCCCAUUUCCCGCAAGCAUCUUUUCAUCACUUUUCUUGCAUUUUUAUUUUGAGUACAAUUCUGGCAUGAAAUAAAGAUGAAACUUUUGAGUUUUAGUAGAAUGUCUUACCUGUAAAAAUCAAAUAGGCAAAUGUAUUUUUUCUUCAUGGUAUUGAAAUAGCAAUUUAUUUUGAUUUGUUUAUGAAUUAAUACAACCAACAUUCAAUGAAUCGUAGAAUUUAAAUUCAUUUUGUGCUACUUGUAUUGAGUAUAUAUAUAAUUUUGAUUUCCACAAUAUGCCUUAUAUAUUUAUGUACCUUUAAAGCCCAGCAAACACCUCACGAUCCAUUGCAAUCGGAUUUUCAAAGAAAUUGAAAUAGCAUUUGAUAUAAAUAUUUCAACCUAUAAAAUUUGAACAAGAACUAUCAAAGGUCCAAAUAGUGGGAUGAAUAUCAAAAUGAAAAUUCCAGUCUAUUUCGUGCCUCCCUUUGGUAAUAAAGGCAAGAUCAAUUCUAAAUCGUAAUGACGUCAUCACUGGUUGCGACUUGAUGCUGAUUUUCAUAAUUCUUGCAGCAAUUAAAGUAGACUUCUGAUUUUAGUAUUCCCGGCAUUACACUGAACCUAAAAUGAAAUGAUUUAACUUCUUGAAAAUAAAAAAAUUUAAUCAAAAUUGUGAUAUGUUUGAAAAUCGCUUUUCAAUCAGAUUGUUUAGUGUCACCGGGCAUUGAUGUAGUUGCAGUAAACACUGAUGUCGUGAAUAUCAUGCUCUGAUACUGAAAAACAAUCACACUGAAGAUCACCAUAUGAUAAGCACAGGUGGGCUAGAGACAGAGUUUAUAUUGUUUGGAUAUAUACCUUACAUUUGGCUCAAAUACCAUGCUUAUUUUGCUACUUUCUCAGCAUUUACACAAUUUCUUCCAGAAUUUGGUGGUAAUUUUAUUGGAUUCUGUACAAACUCAAAUCCUACCAAAAAAUAUUUAUCUUCAAAAUGUUAUAUCUGGGGGCAUUGUGGUCUAGUGGUUACGAUUCUUGUCUUUCAAUUAAGGGACAUGGGUUCGAUUCCCAACCAUGGUGUGUUUUCCUUCAUCAAGAAAUUUACCCAAGUUGUGCUGCACUCAACCCAGGUACCCGGAAGAAAUUCCUUGAAUGCUUGAGUGCCUAUACAUGGCGGCUCGGCUACAGCCAGACCAAAUGUUAAGAGCAAUAGAGUAUAUUAAUAUAGUAGCUGUGCUAUAUAAAUGGUCCAUAUUAUUAUUAUUAUAUUCAUGGUACAAAGCCCAAUUGUUUAUUGUCUCACCUGCGAAGCAGAUUGAGACUAUAGGCACCGCUUUUCCAACGGCGGCGGCGUCAAUACCAAAUCUUAACCAAAGGUUCUGUUUUUGAAAUGACAGCAUAACUUAGAAAGUAUAUGGACCUAGUUCAUGAAACUUAGCGGUAAGGUUAAUCAAGUAUUACUGAACAUCCUGCCUGAGUUUCAUGUCACAUGACCAAGGUCAACGGUCAUUUAGGGUCAAUGAACUUUGGCUAAGUUGGGGGUAUCUGUUGAAUUAGCAUCAUAACUUUGAAAGUUUAUUGGUCUAGUUCAUAAAACUUGGAUAUAAGAGUAAUCAAGUAUCACUGAACAUCCUGUGCGAAUUUCAGGUCACAUGACCAAGGUCAAAGGUCAAUGAACUUUGGCCAUGUUGGGGGUCUCUGUUGAAUUACCUUCAUAACUUUGAAAGUUUAUGGAUCUGAUUAAUGAAACUUCGACACAAGAGUAAUCAAGUAUCACCAAACAUCCUGUGCGAGUUUCAGAUCACAUGACCAAGGUCAAAGGUCAAUGAACUUUGGCCAUGUUGGGGGUAUCUGUUGAAUUACCAUCAUAACUUUGAAAGUUUAUGGAUCUGAUUCAUGAAACUUGGACAUAAGAGUAAUCAAGUAUCACUGAACAUCUCAUUCGAGUUUCAGGUCACAUGACCAAAGUCAAAGGUCAUUUAAGGUCAAUGAACUUUGGCCAUUUUGGAGGUAAUUAUUAGAUUGCUGUCAUAACUUUCAAAGUUUAUAGAUAUAGUUUAUAAAAUGUGGAUAUAGGGGUCAUCAAGUAUCACUAACAAGUCUUAGGUCACAUGAUCAAGGUCAAAUGUCAUUUAUUGUCAACGAACGUAGUAUUGUAUCAUAUGAAUGGUGUUUUUUGUGAAUAAUUAUUUAAUAGUAGUUUUCAAAGUCAACACUGUUGCUAUAUUGAAUCGCACGAUGCAGUUGAGACUGCCAGAGGCGCUCCACUUGUUCAUUUAUAUAUCAGUAUUGAAUUUUGAAUUUAUAUUUGAUAAUGAUCUUUGAUGUAUUUUUACCUAUGAAUUGAACAGCUUUGUAUUCUUUGAAGUUGAAUGCAUUAAUAUUGUUGAGCUUCCACCCUGGUGGUGUUAAACCCUCAUUUUUCACUCAAUAAUUACUAUUUCUCCCUCCCAACUCUGAAUAAUUCACCAAAAUUAAAAAUAAUGAAAGUUUGGUAUUUUAUGUUUUGCUUUGAUUUCUAGAUCAGUUAUCUAUAUAUGCAAUUGAAGGAUUGGAUGAUGUCACACACACUAUUUAUUUUGCACUUGAAUAUAUGAAUUAUAAGAAGAAAAUAUUAUUUUAUGAUGUAAAACUUGGUCGACUGCUCCAUGAACUCAUGUAAUUACAACAUCAUACCUUAACUUAUGAUUCAAUCAUAAUUAUCAUUAUUAUCACAUCUAUCAAAAAUCAAUUAUUCAUAUAAUGAAGUGAGUGAAAGAGGCCACUAACGCUGGAUCUGAAUAACGACUAUGUAAUGCAAAUUACUACUGUGUGAAAGAAAGCAGAAAUUUGAAAUGUCAUAAUUUGUUCAUUUUACGUUGAAUGUUAAUGAAACUUUCAAUGUCAUGUUUGUUUGAUUUUUCUAUAUUGGUUCAAAUCAGCUUGCUGAUGGGGUGAACAUGAACUUCAAAUAACGAUAAGCAGCAAUAGAGGAUCAGAUCAAAAAGCAUUUACUUAAUUAAUCCACUGCUGAUCGCAUCUAGGUUUUAUGUGAGUGCAAUUUUGUAGAGGGGGUAAAAGAUUUAAAGCAUUUAUAAUUUGUGAAAGUUAUAUUGAAAAUCUCUGUCAAUGAAAUUCAAAUGAAUUUUUGCAAUGCUUUUGAAAGAUAUUUCUUACUUUAUUUCUCAAUGGAAUAUUGUAUUACAAUAAACAGAUUUCAUAAUGAACUGUGAAUUGUUCUUUUGUGAUAAAGAGAUGUUGUUUUAUUAGGUUGCAGUUUUUAGUACAAAUUCCUGAACAGAGCCAUUGUUUAGAAUUGAAAUUUUCAUAUGCUGACUUUACCAUCUUGCUUUGUUUGAAUGAUUUUUUAAGCUGACUGGGCUUACUGUAUUCAAUUGAUUAAGAAAAAGCUUAAACUUACUGAUUUAUUUUUUCAACAAAAAUUUCCAAAUAUUAGAACAAAUUAAUGUUGAGAAAUGUUGUUAAAAUUGAUUAUGAAUUUGUGAAAAGUCCUCUAUUAAACAAAUUGUGACAACCGUGAUUUUUUUCUGAAUAUUUUUCAUUCAUUAAAAUCUUUCAAACUUAUCAAAAUUAUGUCAAUUUACUUUCAAUACACAUUUUAACAAUUAAAUCUGUAUUUCAUGAUAGUAAUGUUCCUAUACAAGAAUAAAGGUAAUGCAUGCUUAAAAAUGAAAUAUGAUUCCAAUUUAGGAAAUGAAGUUAGCAAUUUUUCUUACUUUGGUAUAUCUGAUUUGUUGGUGGUACAGGAAGUAAAAUCUUGUACUUUUUUCAGAGGUGCAAUGGUGGUGAUAUUAGCCUACAUCAAUGAAGGUACCUACUUGAACCUUGUGGAAGUGGUUUAUGGUACACCAUGUGUGAAGUCCUGAGAUAAAAAAAAGUGGAUAGAAAUGGAUAUGAAAUGGAAAGGCUAGAAAGUGGAGACAGUAAACCAGAAGGAGUGGAAAGCUGAAGAAGUAGACAGGCUUGAGUAGGUGAGAGAAGGCUGGCUUGCGUCGGCAAAUAGAGUAUUAGCAGGAGAUUAGACUCGACGUAUCAGGCAGGUUGACUGUCCGUCUUCAGGAGUUCUUCUGGUUUACAGUCCUUUUAAGGACCACUCAUUUCGAAAAGAAUACUUUACUUUCUCAUCUCCACUUUCUCGCCUUUCCAUUUCAUCUCCAACUCUAUCCACUUUUCUUAUCCCAGUCCUUCCUGGACUUUACACAUGGUGUACCGUAAACCACUUCCGUCAUUGUUAAUACCACCAUGCAAACCUUCAAACAUCAUUUACUUGAACCUGUUUGAAGAAUAGCAUGGAUCCCACCAAUCAUACAGUCAUUUGCGUGUCCUUUAUGUUCUGUCAUAUUAAUUGGUAGGGGCGUCAUCUGUACUGGUUAUGACUCUCAUCUUUGAAUCUGAGGGACGUGGGUUCGAUUCCUACCAUGGUGAGUUCUCCUUCAGCAAGAAAUUUACCCACAUUGUGCUGCACUCAACCCAGGUGAGGUGAAUUGAUACCUGGUAGGAAGAAAUUCCUUGAAUACUUCAGUUCCUACAUAGCAGCACAGCUAAAGCCAUGGUAAUAAUAGCAGUGCUUUGUAUCCUCAGGCAACAAGCACUUGAUAAAUCCAGCUAUUAUUAGUAUUAUUAUAUAUGUCUAAGCAACUGCCAUAAUACUUUGAGCAGACAUACCAUUUCAAUAAAAUAAAGAAGAAUGAAAUACAAAACAUGAA